UUUCUCCGUCACUAUCACCAUAACUUCUGCUUCACAUCAGUUAGCCAUCGGUACUACCAUUAUGAAUGCCAAAAAGACUCCCUAAUACUUUCUCACAAACACCAGCAUGACUACCUGACAUUUUACCAGAAACCAGUGAGCCUUUAUAUGGUCGUUCGAUCUGCCAGAAAUAACAGCCAAAUGUUUUCAAUUCACACACCAUGCCGUCUUAAAACCAAAAAGUGAUACAUUAUAUUAUGUAGUCCAAAAGAACCUUAAAAAGACUGGAAGGUUAAGAAUGGGAUGCCUUGGAUUAGAGUUGACAGGGUUAAACAACAACACGACUGUUGUAGCAACACAUCAUCCUCACCACUUACACCAACACUACCAUGACAGCCGUAACAACACUGCAAACAUCAUCGUCAUUACCACCAUGUCUGCCGUAAUAAUCUACUACUCCAAAACACCACCACAAAUGACUGCCGUAGCACCUUGCGACCUUAAUCACGACCAACAGCGCUACCAUCCGUCCGUCACUACCGUAUCACUAUGACUGCCGUAAAAACAAUACACCGACACCACACCGUUUCAACUGCAACCAUCAUCAUUACUACGACCAACGGCUUCACCAUAUCAUUACCAGUACUGCCGUAACAUUUCACCGUCAUCACAUCAACGUCAAAAGUGUCUGCCGUAAUUGCUAACGUCAUCAUCAUCUCAAUUACUGAGGCUGCCGUAAUAACUUGAUUAACACCGUAACAACCACCCGGCGUAACAAUCACCAUCAUUGAUCGCCACAAGUGAGGGUUUCAUUGUGGUCGCUCGACCUGCAAGAAAUAGCAACUAAAUCUCUCAAGAUUAUAUCUUAACGUCUUAAUGAACACAUUGGAUAUAAUGUACGUCUUAAGAGUAUAGGAUGGUCAUGGCUGGAACAUCUUUGGGUAUAGGCAGGGCCGUCUUAGCAGCAUUAUAGACUCGUGAGGAAAUCAAGGCACUGGGGUCCUAGAGUACGUAUUUAUUGACAGCAAGGCACAGCAUAACAAAUCAGAUUUGGGCCCCGUGAAGUCCUUGGGAAAAUGCCCAGUGUGCAAAUGCCACAAGAUUGUAUAGGUACUGACCUAGGGCUAAACAAUAACACAUCAUCAUCAGUCUAACAUGCUUAUCAUUAUCAACAUCAUCGCAAUGACCAAAGCAUCACGCCAAACAAGUGUCUACGACAGAAGAUCCGGCCUCCGGCAGUCAGCUGUUCCCACAAUUCCAUUGUCCUACCGACAGAGUAGGAGGAUGUGAGGGGAGAGUAGGAGGAGGAUAUGACAAGCAAUUGUGAUUAUUUAACAUGUGGGCGUUGUCUGCGAGAAUUCCCACUGCAGAAUAUUACCAAUUUCAUUCAUCAUAAGAAGAAUGACUGUGAUGCCGACACGGGGGAUAAAUCAAAGAAUUCAGAUGCACUUGGUCGCCAGUUAUACUGUUCCUCAUGCACCAAGGCUUUCUUGUCUGCAUGGGAGAUGCUACAACAUGCACAGUUCACCCACAAAUUCAAAAUAUUUUUCGAUGUCAACCAGCAAGUCUGUGAGAGUCGCACUGGUGUUACUACAGUCUGUGUGACCAACAAGAAUAACUCUCUUGAAAAGGAGAACAAAGAAGUCGAAGAGACUGUUCUACCAGAAGUUAUCUCACUCAAACAAGAAGUAACUGAUGAAGAACUAUCAGAAAACCCAUCUUUAAGUCUGUUUCCUAGCAAAGGCAGCAGCAGCAGCAACAACAACAGUAACAACAGUAGCAACAACAACAACAACAACAACAACAACAACAACAAAAAACAAGGAGGCUGUUCUGUCAGCUCACAAGAAAUGCAAUGUUGCAGUUCAGUACUUCCCAAAAAGCGAAAACAACACAUUGAGACAUCACAUCACAUAGCAGAAGGGGCCUUCAAAGAGAGGAGUAUUCACAGAAAUGAUAACAGUUUGAGAAUUGGUCGUAAAAGAAUGUUCAGUGGUACCCAGUAUUAUUUGAGUCGCAGUCAACUUGGCUAUGGGAAAUAUUCUCAUAGCAGAGGUUUUGGUGGUGUCAACCGAAUUCAAACUGUUUCAAAGAACCGGAAGUACCCAAGUGAGAUUUAUAUUGAUGUUGAACAUGAGAACGAGAACCAGGAUUUAAUCGAUUCCCAUGAUUCAAAUCACAGUGAAAGUGGUACCUCGUGCCACAAAGACCCUUUUGUAGAAACAUCAACAAGCAAAAGCUGUCGGACCAGAGAAAUCAAUGCUGAUAACCUUGUUAGUAGUAGCAGAUCAUUUAUUCUUCAGCCAGGCACCGUGUUUUCUAUUCCUUUCUCUUACCCUGUCCAUAGUGAACCAUCUUCAGGCUCCAAUACUUCAUGCCCGACCAUUUACACAACAGGCUUGAGUGACAGUAAUAGCCAAAAACAGAGCAACUCAUCAACAGAUGGUAGCACUGUUUCAGCAACAUCCAAAGUGUCCAGUUGCAACAACAUUCCAACAAUAAAACCAUCCCCUUCUCUCAGCAAGAACAAGUCAACUACAUCAUCUUCUCUUCUCAUCAAAUCACCAACUUCUGACAAACAAGCACAACAAUCAGAGAUUCUGAUUGGUCAGCGAUCUCUCUCUCGUAACCGUCCACUGACAACACGUUCUUGUUCACCCAAAUCAGACAACAGCAAUCUUCAACAGGCUAAGGAAAACCAACUUAGUCCUGAUCAACGUGCCCGCAAACGCAAAUACCCCACAUCACGGCCUUUCAAAUGUGAUCAAUGUGACCAUGCCUUUAAUCAAAGAAUUCAUCUGAAAAAACAUCUCAGUAAGCACACAGGUGUGAAGCCAUUCAAAUGUGGUCAAUGUGAUUAUUCAACCGUAGAACGCAGUCAUCUUAAAGUUCACAUUCGUAUUCACACAGGUGAGAAACCUUUCAAAUGUACUUUCUGUGAAUAUGCUACUGCACAGAACAGCACGCUGAAGAUCCACCUGAAGCGUCAUCACGGAGGCCUUUUAUUUAGUUGUCAAAGAUGUGGGAAGAAAUUUACCGGAAAAGACUCUCUGACAAACCAUCUAUCGGAACACAACUCUCAAGUUCUCUCCAACCACACUUUGUCAUCAGAAACAUCUGAUUCACUCAAAGAACAAGACAGAGGGAAGAUUAGUUAGAAACUAACCAAUCAUGUCUGUUUUUCCUCUCGUCAGUUAAUGAUUUCACAAAAGAAAGUUUGAUAACUCUGCAACUUUAUUGUAUUGAUAUCAAAACAACUCUCUUGAAAAAAUAUGGUUAAAUAUGCAAUCAGCUUUUUUUUUUUAAUUUUUCUAAUGUUUAUUAAAUCUAUGAGAUAAUAUUGAAGAAGAAAAACAAAAUAUAUUCAUAUAUAUAUAUAUAUUUAUAUAUAUACAUGUUUAUGUAUGUAUUGCAUAUUGAUAUAUUAUCAAUCAGAAUUCAGAUACUGAAAAAAAAGAGACAUUGGUAAAAUAUUAUGCUACUAAUCUGAAAAAGAAAGAAGAAAAUAAAAUGAAUGAAGAACAAUAAAAAUAAAUACAAAAGAUUAAAUCAUUUGUAGGGAUAGUCUCAACCUAAGAGACAAGAAACAAUUGUCAAAUCUGCAUUCAUCAUCAUACAACAACCAACCAAUGAAUUAUUGGUUUAAAUAUACUUUGUUCAAAAUAUAUAUUUAUACACACACAUGAGCAUGCAAACACACACUCACACACACACACAGAGUUUACUAAAUGCAUAUUGGUUAUGUAUUGGAUUUUCUAUCAAUGGUUAAAUAUGCUUGUUCAUUAACAUGCUGUCAGUUUACAAAGUGGAAAAAAAUAAUAAUUAUAAUAAUAAUAUAAUUAUUAUUGGAUGCAAACCAAGAUCAUGAUUUUUUUUUUUUUUUGAGAGGUGAGAAAUAGAAAGGUAAAAAAAAAAAAAAAAAACCAAGGGUCUCAGUUUUUGAUAAUUGCAUUGAUGACUUCAGGGAUAAAACUUUGUUUUAAUUUUCUCAGGGGAUUUCAUAUGAUGGAUUGUAAGAUACUUUAAAAAGAAAACAAUAGAACCACACACACACACACACACACACACACACACACACAAAUGAGUAGAUGAAAGUCUAGCCAGGUAGUUUAGGAAGUUCUUUUCUAUCCAAGUAGUUCAGUGUUUGAUUCCACUGCAUGACACCUUGGCAAGUGGCUACUGCAGUCACAAGUUGAGCACUGCUUUGUGUGUGGAAUUUGGUUUGACAGAAACUGUGCUGAAGUUCAUUAUGUGUGUAUGUUUGUGUGUUUAGUUUGCUUCAAGUUGUGUUCUUUUACACCAAAUGGUAACUUAACCAUUCAAUAAAUAGGGAUUGAUAAGAUAAUUACCGGACUAAGACAAGUAUGGGGGUUGAUUUAUGAUUGACUGAAACCCUUGAAACAAGUGUCCCAACAUAUAACCACAGUCCAGUGACUGAAACCAGUAAAAUAGUACAAACACCACCAUGUCCGUCACCACCAAAAAAAUAAACACACGAUGUCUGUUGUAAAUCUGAACUGUUGCCGAUGUAAAAAUAACCAAAUAAAAGCAAAACAAAAUGAACAAAAACAAAUCCUAGUCAAGAUUUGAUUAAAACCUGAGUUUUAAUCAAAUAGAAAGGAAACUUUGAAUAAUAAGGUAAAAAGCUGAAGUAGGAACCUUCAUAUUGAGCAGAUCCAGAAAUAUAAUGGGACCAAAUUUUUUGAAAUGUUGAACAAAUUUCUUAAGGGUGGAACAAUUAUUAUCUAGGGUCCAAGUAAACUAGUGAUGAUCUGUGUCCAUGAAAUAUGAAGGUUGUGAAGAAAUGAAUGAUUGCCUGUGUUGGUGAAAUAGCAAGGGCCCAAUGAAAUUAGUUAUGGUCUGUAGCAGAAUUGUUAGAAGAUUGGAGAAAAUGUUUUGCAGUAUUUGCUCCAGCUCUAUAUAUUCCGAGUUCAAAUCCCGCAAAGGUCAACUUUGCCGUUCCUCUUUUCAGGGUAAGUAAAAUAAAGUAUCAGUUAAGUACUGGGGUCAGUGGAAUCGGCUUACUCUUACCCCUGAAACUUGCUGGCCUUAUACCAAAAUUUGAAACUACUACUACUACUACUACUACUACUAUUAUUAUUAUUAUCAUUAUUAUUAUUAUUAUUAUCAUUAUUCAGGUAGCAGCUGGCAGAAUUGUUAAAAUGUGAGACAAAAGGCUUAGUGAUAUUUCUUUGUUUUCUGAGUUUAAAUUCUGUCAAGGUCAAUUUUGCCUUUCAUCAUUAUCUUUUUGAUUGAAUUGUUCCCAGUUUAAAAAUAGUUUUACGCUUAUUGCUGGUAUAGUACCCACCAAAAAUGAUGAAGUUUAUUUAUGUCUCUUUUCGGUAAUUCUUAAUAUUUUUGUUUCAAGCCUUGAUCCAUUUUUUUCUUACGCUUCUGUCUCUGUUCCUUCUUUUUAUUUUUGUUACUGUUUUCCAAUACUUUUCCCACCCAUCUAUUUAUCUGUCUCAUCCUCCCCUUUUUAUAUAACUUUCUUUCUCUUUCCAUAGCUCUUAAUGCAACUACUGCCUACUCCUUCCACCUGAUUUAUUUUAUCAUGUUACCUCUCUGAUUCCCCUUCUACAUUGUAGAGCUCUAUCCUUCUUACUUCCAUUUCUCCUUUCUUAUCUUUCAGUCUUUCUUCUAUCCACCCUGUUUUUCACUGUCUGCUUGUGUGACUCACAUGCUGGCUGACAGCUAAUUAUUCUCUCUCUCUCUUUUCAUAAUCCUUUUUUUCCCUCUUCCUUUUCCAUCAUAGAGUAUAGACUUUUUCUUUCAUCCUUUUUGGUCUUGAUAGAAUACAGUAUCAUUCAACUACUGGAGUCAGUAGAAUCUACUAUAGCCAUUCCCCAAAUCAUGUGAUGUGAAGUAUAUUAUUAUUAUAAUUACGAGGUGGAAAUGAUAGCCUGGCAAAUGAAAUGGGUUGGGAGAUUGAGUUGUAUCCUCUAUGUUCUGUGUUCAAAUCCUGUCAAAGCCUAUAUUACUUUCCAUCUAUCUGUAGAUUGAUUCAUUGACUACAUUUUCUUCCGUAAUUAGUAACCGUGUACCAAUGCUAGAAAUCUGCAGCAGAAUCAUUAGUGUUACACACAAUGAUUUGUGGUACUUGUUCCAGCUCUUUACAUUCUGAGUUCAAAUCCCACCAAAUUUAACUUUGCCUUUUAUCCUUCUGGGGUUUAUAUAAUAAAGUACCAGUCAAGUACUAAACUUGGUAAAAUUGUGUGUUUCUUUGCCUCCAAAUUUCUUGCCUUGUGUCUAUGUUAAAAAUGAUUGCUACUAUUAUUAUUAGCUCAUUGGACAAAAUGUUUAAUGACUUUUCUUCUAGUUCUUUAUGUCCUGAGUUGAAAUCCCACCAUGGGCAACUUUGUCUGUCAUCCCUCUAGGAUCUAUAAAGUAAAGUACCUGUCGAAUACUUGGGGCAGUUUAAUGAACUAACCCACUUCCUUUUAAUUUCAAGCUUUAUGCCUAUAUUAGAAACAUUAUUUAUUAUUAUUAUUAUUAUUAUUAUUAUUAUUAUUAUUAUUAUUAUCAUUAUGGUGGUAAGCUGGCAGAAUCUUUAACAUGUCAGACGAAGUGCUCAGUGGCAUUUUAUCCGUCUUUAUGUUCUGAGUUCAAAUUCCACCAAUGUUGAUUUUUGCCUUUCAUCUGUUUGGGGUCGAUAAAAUAAGAGCCAGUUGAGUACUGGGGUCGAUGUAAUCGACUGGUCCCCUCCCCCAAAAUUUCAGGCCUUGUGCCUAUAAUUAAAAGGAUUAUUAUUAUUAUUGUUAAGGUGGCGAGCUGGCAGAGUCGUUAGUACACUGAUCAAAAAGCUUAGCGGCAUGUCAUUCGUCUGCACAAUUCUGCUGAGGUCAACUUUGCCUUUCAUUCUUUCGGAGUCAAUAAAACAAGUACCAGUUGAGUACUGGGGUCAGUGUAAUCGACUUAUCCCCUCCAUGAAAUUGCUGGCCUUGUGCCAAAAUUUGAAAUCAGGUGGUGAGCUGGCAGAAGCGUUAGCAUGCUGGCCAAAAUACUUAGCGGUAUUUCACCCGUUUUCACAUUCUGAGUUCAAAUUCUGCCGAAGUCGACACUGCCUUUCAUCCUUUCAGGGUCGAUAAAUUAAGUACCAGUCGACAUUUUAGGCCUUGUCCCUAUUGUAGAAAGGAUUAUUAUUGAAAAGGACAGGAUGGUCACAACUGGAAUGUCUCUGAUCAUAGUUCUGCUCAAUCAGGCCUGACCUGGAGCUAAACAGUAAUAGUCACCAUAGAUAUCAAUUGCAGUGCUGGCUCUGGAUUCUAUAGAAAAUCUAUAAAGAUGAACUUAAAAGUAAUAACCAAAGAAUACCAUAUCUCACUACACAUCACAAAUAAAUGUACCGAUGCCAUGCCAUAAAUCCAUUGUCAUUGUUUGCCUUUCUCUCUCUCUCUCUCUCUCAUAUAUAUAUAUACACACACACACACACUACCACUGAGAUGACAAAGUAAAAUGAAAGGAGGACAGCAUAUGUGUGUGGGUUUUGUGACUGAAUUAUUUUGAAAUGCAAACUCUGUGAUAUCAACCAUACAUACAGACACAUAUUCUCUCUCUCUCUCUCCUUUUCUACUGCUCUCUACUUAUUAUCCUGGCCCUAUGUCAACGCAGACCUUAUUUCCCACUACCGUAAUAAUUUGGAACCCUCUCCCGAUUCAUGCAGAAUUUUUCUAACCAAACAUCAAUCACAUUAAUCUUCCUAGUCUCAAAGAGUUGUAGUGGCUAUGCAUCUCUUCUUAAUCAAAUUAAAUAAUAUCAUACAUGUGUUUUUGUUGUGUGUACUAAAUCUCUUCUAUGUUCUCAUAAAACUCUCUUGUUCAUACAACUUAUUUAAAAAUAGGCAUUUAUUCAAUCCAAAACUGUUUACCAUAUUGGAAUCUUGUUUAGGGUACCCUUUGUCACUACAUUACAUUUCAACACAUGAAUUUCACACUACCUAACACAAUACGCCAUAGCACAUUACAUGUUUGUAUGCGCCUCUGUUUAUAAUCAACUGUAUUAUUAAAACACUUCUAUAUAAGGAAGUAUUUCUAAACUACUCUAAAAUAAUUUGGGGUAUCCAACUCCUGUGGAGUUGUGAUUUCAUCCUAGCCAGGUCUCAAUAGUUUUAGCAUUUAAACCAGCUAUGUUCAGCCCAAAUAUUCUGUUUUAUGCUCUAAGUGGCCAGAUCAGGCCUCUCACACUAUCCUGUAGUGACAUGUUAAAAAUAAACAAUCACAUCAUUGAAA